CCAGACACAAUGUCGUGGUGUUGUCCCCCACAAGGUGAGUAGUGGCAUUCACCUUAAGGAUUGAACUUGUCUGUAUUUAUAACAGUCAGACAGUCUAUAGCCACGAAUUGGCACCAGAAAUGGGACCUUAUCUCAAAAUUGUGAGUUUACAGAAUUCUCUGUGGCUUGCAAGUGACCGAAAAGUGUUCCGAUUCCGUUAUAUUAACGAAGAACGAAAAGUACUCGAUAUUUUGGUCGAUACUUGCCAAUUUCAGCGUGCCUUGGACUAUGUGCGAGACGAUCCUGAAAAAUAUGACAUGAUUCUGGAUAUUUACGCAGAACACAUGUUUACCACCAAUAAAGAAGAGUUUAUAAAAUCCGUCAAAAUCUUUGCCCAUUUUACAAGCCACUUUGAGGCAAUGGCACUUAGAUUUGUGGAAUGUGGGGAUUUGAAGGCCCUUAAAAUAUUUUUGGUGGGUUGUCAUUCCACGUUGAGUCAACGAGUUUAA